CAUGUACACGUGCUGCGUGUGAUGCAGCUCGAUGAGCGUCGUCGUCUUCUUCUUGUUGCCAGAAAGGUCCUUUGCGCAUGCUCGUAGUCCUUCUUUUUCGUGCUGAAACAAUGGCGGGGACUCUGUACACGUACGGCGACAACUUUCGCGCCCAGAAAGUCUUGAUUGCUGCUGCAUUCAGUGGCACUCAAGUCAAUGUCGCCCCCGACUUCAAACUCGGAGAGACGAACACCUCAGCUGAUUUCUUGUCCAAAUUUCCUCUUGGCAAGGUUCCAGCUUUCCUAACCGCUGAUGGCCAACCAAUCUACGAGAGCAAUGCCAUCGCUCACUUCGUUGCCAACGAGCAGCUGAGGGGUUCUACCCCCAUGGAUGCUGCCCUCGUUCAGCAGUUCGUCCAGCUUGCGGAGAAUGAAAUCCUCCCCGCUGCGUGUACAUGGGUCUACCCAACUCUUGGCUUCAUGCAAUACAACAAGCAGGCCACAGAGAAGGCACAGGAACACGUCAAGACCAUCCUGCAGCUUCUGAACAACGCCCUGCAGACCCGCACCUACCUGGUCGGAGAGCGCAUCACCCUUGCUGACAUCACUGUCGCUAUUGCUCUCCUUGGUCUCUAUCGCCAGGUGUUGGAGCCAUCUUUCCGUGCUCCAUACGGCAAUGUCAACAGAUGGUUCACAACCAUUGUCAACCAGCCCCAGGCUAAGUCCGUCCUUGGAGAGGUUACCCUCUGCACCACCAUGGCCAAGUUUGACCCCAAGAAGCUUGCCGAGAUGCAGCCCAAGAAGGAGAAGGUUGAGAAGAAGAAGGAGCCCAAGGAGACCAAGCCCAAGGCUGAGAAGAAGGAGAAGAAGCCCGAGCCCGAGGAGGCAGCAGAAGAGCCAGCUGCACCCAAGGCAAAGGACCCAUUUGCAACCUUCCCCAAGAGCUCGUGGGACUUUGAUGCCUUCAAGCGCUGCUACAGUAAUGAGGACACCAUCACCAAAGCAGUGCCCCACUUCUGGGAGAACUUCGAUGCCGAGAACUACUCAAUCUGGUUCUCCACGUACAAGUACAAUGACGAGCUUGCCCAGAUCUUCAUGACCAGCAACUUGGUCAACGGUAUGUUCCAGCGUCUUGACAAACUGCGCAAGAAUGCUUUCGCCAGUGUGUGCAUCUUGGGUGAGGACAAUGCCAACAGCAUCUCUGGUGUCUGGGUAUGGCGCGGCCAGGACCUCGUCUUUGAUUUGUCCCCUGACUGGCAGGUAGACUACGAGUCUUAUGACUGGCGCAAGUUGGACCCAUCUGCUGAUGAGACCAAGUCUCUUCUUCAGGAAUACUUUGCCUGGGAAGGUGACUUUGGCGGAAAGAAGUUUGCCAGUGGAUCCGUAUUCAAGUAAAGUUGCCUUUCUUACCCUAGGUGUGCUUCUGCUGCAGCUGCUACUCCAGUAACCCAGAGAGUGUAUUUUCUCACCUCCAACUUUCACUUUCCUGGCCGUUUUUAUAUUCUUUUCUACGAUGUGCCACGAUUCAUGCAGUUAUAUUAAGCCAAUGGCUUCGUGUCGAUUUGCAGAGGCCGUUUGGACUGAUUGAAUGUUGCAGGGUGUUACUGGGGAUGCUGCUACUGCUCUUGCCACUACUGCUACUGCUAUUUAGUUGGCUGGUGACUGCAGGUCGUGUCACUGUGUCUAUAUGUGUGCACACAUAUAAACCGCUGACUUACAACUGACCAUGUACCCCCACUGACUUACAGCUAUUCUUGAAUGCUUGUGCAGCGCUAUUCCUCUCAAAACCCGCCAUUGAAAAAGAGGACUGAACUUGUGUUUUCAGCAACACUUGUUGAUAGA